UUUUCUUAAUUUUUCAUAUUAUAAAAAUAUAAUUAGUUCCCAUCGUUACUCCAUGCCGAAAAUUGUAUUUUGAUAUAUAAAAUCAUUUAAUACUAGUUAAAUAGUUGCAUUUUGUUAUCGAAGAUGAUUGAAAAAGUGUUUGGUAUAAACGCUACGAGCGUAACCCUCAAUACCCGGUUUACAUUACUGGCAGAGACUAUACCUUCACGUGUCAUGAAGCCCAGGAAACGCCUGGUUUCACACCAGGUCCCUAAUAUUAGCUAUAACCAGAGAAGCCAGAAGUUACCCCAACAAAUAGCUUAUCACUUGCAGCAAAGUAGUCGGCAAAGGGUGAAGCAGCGGCUUGGUCUUCGUAGAUAUAGAGGUCCAAGUAGCUUACCCGGUCUCCGGAGAGUAAAUAGUACAGGCAAUAUAAAUCAAGGAGUAAAAACUAGGCUUGUGUGGACUUAUGCUGAUAGUAAUCUAAGAUGGGCAUCACCAUUCAACAAUUCUUUUGGUAUGUGGCGUGGUAGUGGAAUUAAAUUACGAAAUGCACAUAUGAGACUUGUUCGUGGAGGUGGGAGGGGUAGAGGUGGUCGUCAACAAGUGGGCCGCCUUAGAGUGAAUGAAGCACCUCAACAAACAAGGGCGCGAGGGGCUAGAGGUGGUAGGGCAAGAGGGCAAACACGAGGGAGAGGAAGGGGUAGAGGAAGAGGGGCCACAACUGCCAAGAAAGUACCAACCAAAGAAGAAUUGGACACACAACUUGAGCAUUACAUGGCAAAUUCCCAAUGGGCACUAGACAAACAAUUAGAUGAUUAUAUGAAAGACGCAAUGAAGGAGGAGUGACAUAAAUAAAAUAAUAUUAUUAAAAGAUUUUUAAACAAUGAAGGCAUUUUCCACAACUUACAUUACGGGGAUAUAAAAAUUUUAUAUUUUUAAUAGAUAAGAUAGGUUUUGUGAAUUUCCAAUUCGGUUUAAAGUUAUUUCUGGUGAUGAUUUUAUAAAAUUAAAUCUAGAAAAUAUUAAACGAUGUCGCUAAUUCUUGUACACUACUUUGCUACGUUAGCAAAAUUAUCAUGUCAUAGAAUGGAGGAAUAGAUUCAAUCUUGUCAGUCAGGAGUCAAACAAUAUAAACACAAACAUAAAUGCAUAGUAUAUUAGUAUAAUCCAUGUCGCAUUUCCUGCAAAAUUAUUUAUGUCUAAACUAAUUAACUAAAAAUAAAAAAACUUGGUGCAUACCAAUUAGUAAAUAAAUUUCAGUUAGAUCCUUCUUUUAACUAAGAAUCGGUUUAGAUUAUUCUAAUGGAGACUUGUCUAGAUUUUUUUUUUAUAAGAAUUAGCACCAUUUCCAUUUUUCGUGCCUUAAUAGUAUUUGGAUUAUUAAAAAUGUAUAUAAGGCUGAAAGUAGAAUGUAUUGAUUUAUGUCAAUAUUUUCCCCAUAUUAUACGUCCAUCUCUUAUUAUAAUAGUACAAAAUGCCUUUAGAAAGUGAUAUAAACAGUCAAAUAUCACUUGAAAAAUUAUUGAUAAGCUAUUUUAACCAAAAUGAAUAAUUAUUGCAAGAUACAGCGGUAAAAACAGCUAAAUGUUUGUUUGGGACCUAGAAGACGUGUAAAAAGGGUUUCUUGCGCUAGAAAAAAAAAGUUGUUCGAACAGUCCUUAAUCUUAAACUACUUAUACAAGAAAGGUUUUUGUUUGUUUAAUUAUUAAACCUAAAAUCGUAAAACUGACUACAAAUACACGUAAUAGUACCUGUGUUAUUUUUAACCGGAUUAAUUAAAUCUAAGUUUCAUCCAUAGCUUUUGAGGUAAUAGUCCAUCCGACACAAUUCUGUACAUUUUACAUACUUCCUAAACCGAUUUAUAUGCGAUAACAUAUUUUCAAAGGUGAAACCAGCCAGCAAUAAUUGUGAUUAUUUUUCGUUUUAAUGUGUAAAUAAUUACGUUGUAAGUUUGUUGUUCAAAUAAAUUUCUUUUUUAUGA